AUGACACAGAAACUGGAGAACAAGUUGGAGAUCUGGGAACGUAAAAUGUUGAGGAGAAUUUUUGGAGGAAUUAAACUACAGAAUGAAUUUAGAAGAACAAAUAAAGAAAUAAUGGAGUUGUACGGAAAGCCAGACAUUGUUCAGGUGGUGAAAGCGCAGAGAGCUAGAUGGCUGGGACAUAUUGCAAGAAUGUCCAAUGAAAGAUGGGUUAAAAAUACUUAUGAGAGAAGGAGGAAAAAUGAGAAGAGGACGACCGAGGAAGAAAUGGUUGGACGAAGUGAUAUCAGAUCUGAAGAAAAUAGGAGUGAGGGACUGGAGGAAGGAUGCGUUAGAUCGAAAAAAAUGGAAAAGAAGAGUGAAAGAACUCGAAGCCAAGGGCCGGUAGGCCUGUAG